UUUUUUAAUCAAUUACACUACAUGACAAUGUCUCUCCCAUUAGAAUAUCCAGUUACUUUACCAGAUGGUCAAAAAUACUCCCAACCAUCUGGGUUAUUUAUUAAUAACGAAUAUAUCAAAUCUAAAUCUGGUGCCACCCUUGAAUCUAUCAACCCUGCCACUGGUGAAGUCAAUGGUGCUGUUUAUGCCGCAGAUUCCGAAGACGUUGACAUUGCUGUUGAUGUUGCUCGCAAAGCUUUCAAAUCUUGGCGUAAAGUCACUGGUGUUGAACGUGGUAUACUUUUAAACAAAUUUGCUGAUGUUUUGCAAGAACAACGUGAUUUGAUUGGUGCUAUUGAAGCUUGGGAUUCUGGUAAGACCAAGGAGCAAAAUGCUGUUUAUGAUAUUGAUGAAUGUAUUAGUUGUUUCAGAUAUUUCGCUGGUUGGGCUGAUAAGAUCCAAGGAAAGGUUAUUCAAAAUGAUCCAAAGAAGUUGGCUUACACUGUUCACGAACCAUUUGGUGUCUGUGGUCAAAUUAUUCCUUGGAAUUAUCCAUUGGCCAUGGCUGCUUGGAAAUUGGCUCCUGCUUUAGCUGCUGGUAAUGUCAUUGUUUUGAAAACUUCCGAAAUUACCCCACUUUCUUUAUUAUACGUUGCUAAGAUCUUCAAGGAUGUUGGUUUCCCAGCCGGUGUAGUUAACAUUCUUUCUGGUUUUGGUGCAACUGCUGGUAAGGCACUUGCUUCUCACACUGGUGUUGAUAAGAUUGCCUUUACUGGUUCUACUGCAACUGGUAAGAUUAUCCAACAAUUGGCUUCUUCUAACUUGAAGGCUGUUACUUUAGAAUGUGGUGGUAAGUCUCCAUUGAUUAUUAGAGCUGAUGCUGAUUUAGAUCAAGCUGUCAAAUGGUCUGCUUUGGGUAUUAUGUCUAACCAAGGUCAAAUCUGUACCGCUACUUCAAGAGUUUAUGUUCAUGAAUCAAUUUACGAGAAAUACUUGACUUUACUUGCUGAACAUGUCAAGACUACUUAUAAGCAAGGUUCUAUGUUUGAUUCAGAAGCUGUUGUUGGACCACAAGUUUCCAAGCUUCAACAAGACAAGGUUUUAAGCUAUAUUGAAAUUGGUAAGAAGGAAGGUGCUCGUUUAGUUCUUGGUGGUGAAAAGAAUACUGACAAGGACUUAGCCAAGGGUUAUUUUAUCAAGCCAACCAUUUUCGCAGAUGUCAAGCCAGAAAUGAGAAUUGUCAAUGAAGAAAUUUUCGGUCCUGUUGUAUCUGUUGGUAAGUUCUCUUCUGAUGAAGAAGUUAUUGCUUAUGCUAAUGGUACCGAUUACGGUUUGGGUGCUUCUAUUUUCACCCAAGAUAUUACUGUUGCUCAUAACUUAGCUAGUGAAAUUGAAGCUGGUAUGGUUUGGAUCAACUCUUCGAAUGAUUCUGACGUCCAUAUUCCAUUUGGUGGGGUCAAGAUGUCAGGUGUUGGUCGUGAGUUAGGUGAAUAUGGUUUAUCUAUGUACACCCAAGCCAAGGCUAUUCAUGUCAACCUUGGUACUAAGUUGUAAGUAAAUUAUAGAGGAUUGUUAUUAGGUUAUUUCUUGUUGAAUAUAAAUUUUG